UAGUGACGUUGUAAGUGUCACAGUCACCUGAAACGGCGCCGUCUCUCGAAUCACAACAGCUAUGCAUUUAGUACUAUCCACCAAAGCCUUUUUAUUUGAGAAUUAAUACAGUAUCACAUCACACAAAAUCCAUCUUCAUAUAUUUAAAAUAUAUGGCUGCUUCAGCAAUCAUUUUUCCGCCCAAAUUUCCCUCUAUAAAUCUCCCCUAUCCACCCGUCCUCUCUCCAAAUUAAUCUCCCUGCAAAACCCUCUCAUCUCAGCCAUGGCAAAAACCAUCUCCAUCUUGCUCCUCUUAGCCCUCUUCCUCCAACCCUUUUCUGAAUGCAGCAGCAGGGGAGCCAGCUCCAUGGAGAUUAUGCACAUACACUUGUUCAUGGAGAUGAAGAAGAAGAUGGCUUUGCAGAAGCUGAUCCUUGACCAAGGCCCCUCCGGCAAGAACGAGUUGCCGGAGGAUUGGCAGCUUAGGGGGGUCCCAGCCGGCCCCGACCCGUUGCACCACAACGGCCAUCAGCCGAAGAAGCCCCAAACUCCAUGAUUUCAAAACGAACAGCAGAAAAUAGAAAAAUGCUCUGUUUUUUGGUUAUCUAAAGUCAUCAUCUAUGUAAUAUCCUAUCAAUGCAGGCAGAUUAUGUAAUA